GCACUAAAUAUUAACGAAACGCCCACUUCUGCACGGGUCCGCUCCUUCUUGGAGGUAGAGGCGGCCAGCGCUGACAAUAUCGAGCUGGAAGCGUGUGGCUCAUCGCUCGCCUCAGCUCUGAGCUGCUGACCUCUCGUCUCCGAAAGCCAGGACUCUCUCCCUGCACACACGCACCCACCCAUACACACACACAGCCUCCCUCCAUCCAUCCCCAGCCCAGCCCUCUGCACUCCCCUCCUCAGCGCUGACUCCGCUGACACUUGUAAACUCUCAGCCGGACCACUUUGGUCGUGAAUUCCGCAAUCUCACGUCUUCUUCAUCACCUCCACGCUCCCCCUCACACACACACACACUCAGAGACACGCACCAUUCCCCAGCCCCGUGUGUGUGGCUGUGAGAGAAGCGGUAGCAGGUUCCAGCUCGCCUCAGUGAAGCUCUCAGCAUGCUGGAGAACACGCCGGGCUCCGGUCCUGUUAUCCUCCCUUGCCUCCUGCUGACCACCAUCCUCCUGGUCCUGACUGACGCCAAAGGCAGCUUCUACGCCCCUUACCGAUAUAACCUUUUCACCUCUGGGUCUAGCCCCAGUCUGAAAGGAGCGGGACGAGUCACCGGCCGGCACAAGAACUAUUGCGCUUAUAUUGUGAAGAAAAAUGUCACUUGCACAAUGCAGGAUGGGACAGAUACCUAUGUGAAAGCGGAGUACCGCCAGUGUACUUGGGGCCAGCUGAAGUGUCCAGGAAUGGUCAUGUAUCGAACAUUCUACAAACCCAGAUACAAAAUAGGAUACAAGACUGUUACAGAAUUAGAAUGGAGAUGUUGUCCAGGAUAUUCUGGUGAUAAUUGCCAGGAAGGUUCUACAGGACUGCCUGAACUUGUGCCAUCACACCCUGGACCCAGAAAAGGUUAUUAUGGACCCAAGGCUCCGGAUGUCUACGGAGAACGAAUCGAUCGUUUGGAAGAUGAAAUGCGACGUUUUUCACAAUCAUUUGAGAGACUCCAAUCUAUGGUGAGUGGGAUCAGUGACAGUCUCAGGCUAUCCAUUCAGGAAGACACCAAUAAAAUGAUAGUAUCAUUGCUGAAUAAUUUAAAAUAUCCUGGUCCAAUGGUAGACAUUGAAUACAUACCUGGCCUGGAAAAUCUGAGUAAAGCAUACCCACCAGUGAUGGGAGACUUGGAAGCCAAGGUGACAGAGGUUAAGAAUGUCUUGAAAACAAAGAGUGACUUGCUGGAUGAAGUUCAUGGAAUGGUGAUUGGCCAUGAUGGCCAAAUCAGGCAACUUCUGGAGGCUAGUAGACCACCUACACCUUUGGCAACUGUGGAUUUUUUCGACAGCCUUAUAGAUGACAAGCUCACCAAGUUCCGAGCCGACUUACUUGAUGGAUUUGAAAACCGAUUCAACGAUUUGCAAACUGUCUGUGAUUACAAAGUCAAGUUAAUCCAACAACAAUGUGAGGAACAGAAGAACGUAAGUGAACGACUUGAAGGAAUGAUAGAUGGAAAAGAAUCUGACCUAAAAAAGGAGAUUAAUAACUUACAAACUCAGAUUGGUGGAUUGGCUGUAACUGAAAAUUGCUGUGACACAGUUAAGUACUUGUCAGAUAAAAUUGAUGCCCUGGAACAGAACCUACUGAAAGUCUCAGACUAUCAAAGAUCACUAACAACUCGGUUUGAGAGUGAGUUGCCACAAUUCUCUAGUAUUCAUGUCCAAAAUGUUUAUGAUAGUCGGCUGGACAACAUUGAGGCCAAAAUCAAUGCUACAGAGAGGAACUUGGAAGAAAAUUGUCUGUUCAUAGAGAACAAUAUGAAGGGACAUCUUGGAACUGAGCUGGAUGGGAUGAAGACUUUCCUGCAUGACAAGCUAAAGGAUAUUGAAGGCCGUGUUACAGUUAUUGUUGAGGAGUUGAGCAAUGUAUCCAUUCCUGCCAACUUAGAGGGAGAAGUAAUCCCAAGGCUGGAAACAGAGAUUUCAACGAUUAAGAAGAAAACUAAUGAAGGCCUGGAUGAUUUGGAAGGAAGACUGGUAGCUUUGGAGAAUCUGUGUACUGUUGGCUGUACCUCAAUUAUUACUGACAUUGAAACUCUCAGAACAGAAAUUGAUGAUUGCCACAGAAACUGCCAAGAUAUUGUGACAAAACUAGAUAAGAACUCUGGUCUACUCAACAAACUUAACUACUCUAUGUUCGAAAUAAAUCAAAAAAUUAAAGAAGAAGAAGAAUCCAAUGCCGUUCGGGGAGAAAUUACUUUACUGAAGAUCAACAUCAACUCUGUGAACAAGACCCUGAAAGGGAUCAAAGACUCUGUCAGCAAGUAUGCUGAUGACUUUGCAUUUGCCAAUUCAACAUGGGAUGAACACGAGCGCAAAAUGACAGAUGAAGUCCAUCUGAUCCAACAGAUAGUUAACAGCCAAGGUUCUCAGCUCCUUUUUAAUGACAAGCGUGUCCAUGAUCUCAAAGGUGACCUGGAACGAAUUAACCACAGGAUAAUGUCAGAUCUCCAUAACUGCAAACACAGCGCUCAAGACAUUCAGAAGGAAGUGUCACAGGUUGAUAGACGAGUGGCUGAGAUGGAGAGCGUGUGCAACAAACUAACUGCAGUAUUAAACAGUCUGGAUUAUAUUAAGGAUGGUUUGGAUAAUCAUGCUGGUGAUCUGUGGAAUUAUUUAGACCGUAUGAAUGGAACCCUUGUGGUACACAAUCAAGAUAUCACUGCUCUGAGAGACUCAGUCAAUGAGUGCCAUACAAGAAUAACAGACAUUGGAAAUCGGGCAUUAGAUGGUCUACAAGGACCCAUUGGCCCUCCUGGAUUAUCAGGAUUUCCAUCCUUUGCAAAACAUAUUACAUUUUCUGUGGGUCUUACUGAAAAGCCUUUCCCUGCUGAUAACGGUGUUGUAAGAUUCAACAAAAUUCUCAUCAAUAAUGGAGGUCACUAUGAGCCUCGCACAGGUAUAUUUACUGUUCCCUACAGUGGGCAGUACUUCAUUAGCGCUAUACUGACUCCACAGAGAAAUGAACGCAUUGAGGCUGUGCUGACUGUAUCCAAUGUAAGUGUUGCACAAGUGGACACAGCAGGGUACAGGACUGAAGUAUUAGAAAUUGCCGUGGAUAAAAUAGAGAAUCAUUCUGGAGGUGGUCUUGCUGUGUUCAGCCUAAUUCUCAAUCUGAAAGCUGGUGACGAAGUGAGUGUUGUCGUUAUGUCAGGAAAAUUAGCUUACACGCGAACAGAUGAGCUACAUUGUACAUUCAGUGGUGUUCUGCUAAAUGAUUCACAAAUAGACAGUUGACAAAGCCCAGGUAAAUUAUGAGAGCAGCUAGAACUGAAGGAACUGGCCAACAUCUGAUUCUAAAAUGCUUCUUGUAGAGCAAACAGUGAACUAACUGGAAAUAUUCAUUUCAAAUCUAAAUAUUUAGCAGCUGAACCACACUAGAGCCAAAAUGGUCUGUGGAUAGUCCAUAUUUUUAA